AUGUCUCUUAUAAAGCUUCUCAAAUUGCCGUCCAAAUUAUUCAAAAAGGAUGCAUAUUCUUAUUGUGUUUUGCAUGUUUACGUGAAAGUUAUCGACGAAAAGCUUCACUACAUAGCCUUGAGACCCUCGGCGUCGAUAUUUCAACUGCGACAGAAGGUGUGGCACCUCCUCAACUUACCAGAUUACUGUGAAGAGAUCAUAAUACUAAAAACUGAGAAGGAUCAAGAAAUACCACUUACCGAUCUCCGUAAAGGCAAUGACCCACAACAUCCUUACAUAAUGGAAGUUUGGCUGCCAGGGAAGCAGAAUUGUUUAUCUUCAAUACACAACAUGUUGACAAUGGGUGAUAGCAAAACUGUAAACAAUUUGUUAUCGCAAGAUCAUAUUGCAUCAAACAAUAACAUGAUGGAAGACUAUAACUUCAACAAGAAAUCUUUCCAAAAGGAGAACUCGCACACUACCAUAAACCUGUACGACUCCAUGUUGCUCAAUAAACAGUGUUCAAUGGAAAAACAAGAUGCCAAAAAGCCUCCAGAGUAUAAGAACUCCGAACUAUCAUGCAAGAUGUCAUCAUCGUCCAUAUUUUUCAAACUCCACGCAAGAAAGAGCAAAGACAACUUCGUGAACAUUCUGCUGAAAAUACAGAGUGAUAUAGCUACGUUAGGCAGCAAACUGUCAGAUUUGGAAAAUCGGAUACACGUAUGAAUUCUUUAGUUUUUAUAUUCAGUGUUGCCAUAAAUAAAACAAGUUAUUUUAUUAAAAAUAA